ACGUGACUGUGACAUUCACUUUUUUCGUAUCAUUUAUUUUUGUUUACAUUUUCCAAACCAAACAUAUCGCGAUAAACGAUUGAUAAUAUAAGCCCAAACACUCAACUAUCUCUGCUCAUUCUGUUUAAAGAUUCCGGAAGCGCAUUGCAUUUUUUACAUUGUAGUAAGUAACCUUUGUAACGUGAACAAUGGCAGAUGCGUCAUCUAAGGUUAAAGUUUUGGACGGUGGGUUCUCGUCGCAGCUGUCCUGCCACGUCGGCGACAACGUCGAUGGGGACCCGCUGUGGACGGCGCGCUUCCUGCAGACCCACCCGCGCGACGUGUACAAGACGCACCUCGACUUCCUCAAGGCGGGCGCGGACAUCAUCAGCACCAACACGUAUCAGGCUUCCGUCGGAGGGUUCGUAAAAUACCUUGGAAUAUCGCCUGAAGCAGGCUUAGAUUUAAUCAAAAGUGCAGUGGGACUCGCAAAAGAAGCGAGAAAGGUAUACCUCGAGGAAUAUGCUAACAAUAAUACUUCAAAUCGAAACCCUUUGAUAGCAGGGUCGGUCGGACCAUAUGGCGCACAUUUACACGACGGUUCAGAGUACAACGGGGCCUAUGCCGACACCACGUCGGCUGAGACUAUGAGAGACUGGCACAGACCUCGCAUCGAGGCCCUAAUUACCUCUGGCGUUGACGUACUUGCAUUUGAAACUGUGCCAUGUGAAAAGGAGGCUGUGAUGCUUGUUGAACUGUUAAAAGAUUACCCUGAGACCAAAGCAUGGCUGUCUUUCAGUUGUAAGGAUGAGAAACAUAUUUCUCAUGGAGAAGAUUACCAAACUGUUGCAAGGAAAUGUUAUGAUUUAAAUCCGGAGCAAAUUAUAGCUAUAGGAGUAAACUGCACUGCUCCUGCUAACAUCGUUCCUUUGCUAAGUGGCAUCAAUGAUGACAGGAUGGGCCCAAUACCCCUUAUAGUGUACCCAAAUUCAGGUGAAAAGUACACCAAGGACUUUGGCUGGACAGAGGGAGAUAAGAUGCAACGAUUGGACAAUUAUGUCCACAAAUGGUUAGACUUGGGUGUUAAAUAUGUAGGAGGCUGCUGCAGGACGUAUGCAGAAGAUAUUAAAAGCAUACACAAACAAAGAGUGUUUGGUAUAUCAACGCGGAAGGCAGCUAGAGAUGAGAAAAUGAAGAAGAUGCAGAAGAAAACUGAAGAAAUGCGCGCACAGAACCAGGACCUUACACUUCAGAUCUCAAAGCUAAAAAAGGAAAUUGGAAAGAUAAAAGACGAGCACUUCUCCGAAUACCUCAGCCUGGCGCGCGAGCGCGACGCUCGCUACACGCUGUACUUCGAGAACCUGUCUCUACAGCUGCGGCUGCAAGAGCUGAAAAGCGCGCCUGCCGACUGCUCGCAUGAAGACCCCGUCAUGCUGCGUAUCGCGCUGGACCGGUGCAGAGAGCAACUCUCUACAACCCAACAAAAGCUCCACAAGAUGUCCGAGCAGUACGCGCAAACGGUCCCGCAGCGCGAGUUCGACAGCCUGGAGACCAAGUGGUCGGAGCUCGACAAGCGGGCUGGCGAGCUGCAGGCGGAGCUAGGGGCUUUGCAGGACAAAUAUAAGAAGGUUUUAGCAAGCAAUAAAAGCCUAGAAGAGGAGCUAGCAGAGUGCAAAGAGAGGUGUAGCGAGCUGGAACGUGCGGGGUCUCCGCGGCCGCGGUGGGAGAUUUGUGCGGACUUCAUCAGUGGAGGACGGGAGAGAUGGUGGCAACUAGCAAGCGGUUUGUCUUCGAGAGAUAUUCUCAGAGUUCUUUUGAAAGAGCUGGGACCGGCUGCAGAAAGCGAUCAUUUGGAAUACUUCGAUGGCCUGGGCACGGAUCCAGCCAUUCCUCCAUAUCUCCGAUACACUGGCAAGGUCCGCAACAUUCGGCUCUCGCGGCGAGAAGUGAGCGUGCUCAUCACGGACGUAUGGCGCGGCAAGGGGCGACAAGCCAUCUCUAUGCAGGAGUAUCUCACCAAGUAUUUAGAGGACAGAUAUCAGCAAGUAUCAGUGCGAGCUGAAUGGGCCUACAACCUGUGCGCCGGUGCCGAGCAGAUGCUGGAUGAGCCUCAAGUCAAGCUCUUCUGGGGCGUGCUACACGGCCACCUAAGUGAGGAUAUCUACUGGUCACUGCGAGCUCAGUGGGAGACACUGAGAGACCAGCUGUAUCGCGUCAGCAAGGAUGGAGAGACAAUUACCAUAGAAGAGUUCGAGAAGGUGGCAAAAGCGCAAUUUCCAUUAAAGAGCGAAGUGGACAUUCGCAAUCUCUGCGAUGUAGUGCGGAAGCAGCUAAAGAUCAAACUGAACAACAACGAAGUCAACUUGGACAAACUCUUCCAAGAGAACGAGGAAGGCUUCGACCGCGUGGAGUUCGCGCGAGAACUAUACCGGCAACGACAACAAGCUCAGGAUAAAUAUCUGCGGGAAGUCCUGGCGGAGUUAGGCGGCAAGGGACAGGGCAGCAAGAUGAUCACAGUAGACGCGCUCAAGAGAGCAUUCGCUAUUGUCGACCCAGCUAUAGAUCAUAUCCGUAUGGAGCGCAACAUUCGCUGGGCGUUCUCCAACCAAGUUUCGGCGCUGAACAGCAUCAGUCCGCUGCCACUUCGAACCCUGGCCACCAGGCUUGCUGCAGGGGACAUUGAGCGCGUUGGGCCGCGCUCCCGUAGCACGCAUCGCAGAGUUACUUAUAAAUAAAUUAUUCAUUAUUAUAUUUAGACACUUGUACAAUGUUUAUAAAUAUUUAUUAACCCGAAAU